AUGGUUGCUACACCGAAGCUGACUGAUCGAACCGAAGAGAAGGAAGCUACCGAAGCGAAGCGAAGUGAAGGAAAGGAAUGGAGGGAUGCAUUUCUCCUUAGUUUUCAUGGAUUCGGGGUGAAAAGGAACUCGGAUCAACUGAACGUAUUGGUGUUCGACUUGCCCCUGCACUUGCAACAACGAAGACUAACUCCCAUUAGGGAUUCUAGUUUAAAUGGAACUCACUUGCCCGGAGAACUCGAACAACGAAGAUACUGGCCCCAGCUCCUGCCCGGAGAACGAGAUCAACUACUGCUUAUAGUUCCACGCUUACCGGUGUACUGGCCCCUGCCUUGCCCAGUCGUUGCCCUUGAUCUCGAUCCCAUGAGUUCUGGUCCAACUGUCAGGAAUGUCCAGUCUUUCAGUCCAAGCUUUCAACAAUCAGUGGAGCCUGCGCCGAGAAGUGAGAGCCAUGUCCCGAGUUUCCGAGUUAACCCCGAGCUACGGAUUCAGCAGUUGUUAAUGAGCCUCGAGCUCCCGCCUAUGACCAAUGACAGGGAAAGUAGAUUCCAACAUGUUUCCUGA